ACAGGAGAUAAACAUGAACCAUCCUACUACACGUUGAACUCAAAAAGCAAGGGAAGCAAUACCACAGCUUGCCUGGCUACAGAUUUCAGCGCACACAAUGCUACCGACAGUGAGACCUUGUUCAAUGGGACAGAGGCCACCAGAGUGAAUGGGGACAGCUACUACAGCCAGGUUGCCCUCGGAGAUAAAUGCAAAAAUGGUACGUUUUGGAAGUGUGUAUACCUACAAUGAUGCCGAAUCACAGCAUAUUACCGUAUGUAUGUGCACUCAUUGUGAAAAUCACUUGUGUAGAUUAAUAUGUCAAUUAUGAAUGUUGCCCCUAACCAUACAACAUACUUAACUAUUUAUUUUCUCUAUUUGGCAGAUGGUGGUUCAGGGAAAUGUACAGCAGACUUGUAUUUUGACACAGGUACAUAUCAGAGCAUUUUCCCUCCUAAAUUGUGAUAUGAUCAAAUGUCUUUACAAAUAUCAACCUAAUUGGCACCUGUUGCUUAUGAUAUAAGAUAUUGAUCAUUAUGGUAUUUCCAUUUCUAGAUCCAAAGAUCAACUUCCUAUCCUUGACCAUUCUGGGCCUGAGAAUUCUGUUCCUGAAGACCAUCGUUUUCAACGUGCUGAUGACUCUUCGACUAUGGAUGAGUUAGAGUGAGUUCAUGGUUUCACAGUUUCUCUUUAUAACUGAAUCUGCAAGGCAUAACAUGCUUUUGUGAUUUAAUAUUGUCAUGGGAAGGUAUAUUGUGAACAAGACAAUAUUUAGCAUGACACACCUCUGAAGAUGUGUAUGUGUAUAUCAUGCAUUAAUAUGUUAGUUGUAUUUAUAUAUUUUCAGAAGAUGGCAUCAGUCCCUCAAAGACAACACAAGAAGUCCUUCCCAGAAGAACUAUUGAUUUGAAUUGUAAUUACAUUCUAACUGUAGGAAUUAAUUGGAACUCAUUGGAAUCUCUUCAUUGUCUGGACUGUCAAAUACAUCACUGUCCUCCCAGACAGACGUUGGUACAAAUUACGACUCCGACAUUGAUUUGGAGAAGAUAUGUAUGAUUUGUAAACAUGUUCGUAACUGUAUUCUUCAAGUCAUAAAGAAAAUGUAUUAUCAUUUGCUUAUCUGUAUAUUUGUAUUUUGUUCUCAAACUGUUGUGACUUGUGAUAGUACAUAUAUUUCUUUUCAUUCUGCUCUCUCUUUCAUUGAAAUAUCAUGAACCUCAAUUUGUAUUAUUCUUUAGAGUAAAAAUAUAUAGCUAAAUGUAGUGGAAAUAUCUAAUAAAUACUUCCUUUUUGUAUAUUGAUAUAAAAAAUUGUCUUUGUAAAGUC